AUGCCACGUCAGGAGGAGAUAGAACGAUAUUUGGAUGACACCGCAUCCUCUCUUGUCCUUGAUCAACAGCAUGUGGAAAUGAUGGACGAGCAGAUUUCUUUAACAGAACUGAUAGGCGCGAUUAAACGUCUCAAAAAUAACAAGGCCACGGGUCCGGAUGGUUAUCCUUCUGAAUUUUAUAAAAAUUUUCAAGAUAUCUUGGCUGGUCAUCUCCUAGAUACUUUGAAUGACGUCCUAUCAAAGGGAGUUAUGCCUCACUCGUGGUUUGAAUCAACUAUCUCGGUGAUACAUAAAGAAAACAAGAACCCGACGGAUCCCGCUUCCUACAGGCCCAUUGCGCUUCUUAAUCACGACAAUAAAAUACUUACUUCCAUCAUGGCAAACAGACUGAAGACCUUCAUCACUAAUUACAUCAGCCCAGAUCAGACUGGUUUCAUUCCGGGCCGACAGAUUACAGACAACAUCCGGAGGACGUUAGACAUCAUUAUUCAUCAAAGAACUGCUAGGAAAGAAACGUUACUUUUGGCCUUGGACUUUGAAAAGGCAUUCGAUUCAGUGGAAAUCCCCUAUAUUAUGUCUCUCCUCCAAAAAAUGGGGUUUGGGACUAACUUUCUGAGAGUCAUAAAGACCAUCUACGCUAAGAACACAGCCAGAAUUAGAGUGAACGGAUGUGCUCAUGCAGCACAAGGGAAAUAUGCCCAGAUGCUCUUUAAUGAACUUUUUGAAGACUAUUCAAAUGCUCUUAGACCAGUGGAAGAUACAGACACAGUACUGAAUGUCACCCUUCAGAUCACCCUCUCCCAAAUUAAAGAUAUGGACGAAAGGAACCAGAUUUUAACAGCCUACUUAUGGAUUCGACAGACUUGGCACGAUGCCUAUCUGAAGUGGGACAAGGAUAAAUAUGACGGGCUAGACUCUAUCCGAAUUCCCAGCAACCUUGUAUGGAGGCCAGACAUUGUCCUAUACAACAAGGCUGAUGAUGAUUUCUCUGAGCCCGUGAACACCAACAUCGUAUUGAGGUAUGACGGGAAAAUCACUUGGGACGCACCAGCUAUAACAAAGAGCUCGUGUGUGGUGGACGUCUCUUACUUCCCCUUUGACAGCCAGGAGUGCAAUCUUACCUUCGGUUCCUGGACCUAUAAUGGUAACCAGGUGGAUAUAUUCAAUAUCUUAGACAGUGGCGACCUCUCGGACUUCAUAGAAGAUGUGGAGUGGGAGAUUCAUGGCAUGCCAGCUGUUAAGAACGUGAUCACGUACGGCUGCUGCUCAGAGCCUUAUCCAGAUGUUACGUUCACCCUUAUUUUGAAAAGGAAAUCAUCUUUCUACAUAUUUAAUCUCCUCCUUCCUUGCCUCUUGAUCUCUUUCCUGGCCCCGCUGGGAUUCUACCUACCGGCAGACUCAGGAGAAAAAGUUUCUCUUGGCGUCACUGUUCUGCUGGCCCUAACCGUGUUCCAGCUAAUGGUUGCGGAGAGCAUGCCUCCCUCCGAAAAUGUACCACUGAUCGGUAAAUAUUACAUUGCUACUAUGACAAUGAUCACAGCAUCCACAGCGUUGACCAUCAUUAUAAUGAAUAUUCACUACUGUGGAUCAGGAGCCAAACCUGUCCCGCAAUGGGCAAGGGUGGUUAUUUUGGACUACAUGUCAAAGAUCUUCUUUGUUUACGACGUGGGCGAAAACUGUACAGGUUUGCAACGAGCGGAAGGCCACGGCUCAAAGCUGAGAAAAGCCGAUACGUGUCCAAGACAGGAAGAAACAUACGAAGGGGGAAGGAGAUCUCUUGCUAAGGUCAAAAGCAACGGCAGUGACCUGAGAAAGAAACUGUCCAGGGAUGUGAACUAUGGAUACAGAGUCCCUUGUGAAAAUGCAAAGGAUACUGUCAGCUGCUGCUCAUGUUACAGAAUACUGAUCAAGAAUAUUGAAUACAUUGCAAAUUGCGUAAGGCGCCACAAAGCCAACCACGCAAAAGGAGUGGAGUGGAAAAAAGUGGCAAAAGUGAUGGACAGGUUCUUCAUGUGGAUUUUUUUCAUGAUGGUCUUUUUCAUGAGCGUUCUGAUUAUUGGCAAAGCACUUUAA